AUGGUGAUGGAGUGCUAUGAGAAAUUAAGUAAAUUUAACAGUGAAGGUCCCGUCACUGGUAAGUGUCUUCCACCUCUAAACGAGAAAUUUGCAGUUAUCGUUCGUAAUAAAAUAUUGAAUAUUCCAGAUGAUAAACCACCGACAAUGCGUCCUAGAUUAAUCAGAGUUCUCGAUGGGGAACAGGUUCUGCAAAUGUCGUGGCACGAAAAAUCAGAAGCGAUCCAAAAAGCUUUAAAAGAACCUCCCAAGAUAAUUGACAAUGGAAGUUAUACUCUAGGCGAAUCAGAUUUUAUCAAAUUUAUUACUUCAGGUACUUUUGUGGAUAAAUCACUCUUUAUAAUGGAGUUUAUGAUCUAUGGACAACGUGCCAAUCUGAUUACUCGCCCUCGUCGGUUCGGAAAAACGACUAAUCUUUCGAUGCUCCAUACCUUUCUUUCAUCGAGACCUCAAGAUAGAGAUGAGAGAUUUUUAUUGUUUACGGAGUUAAAAGUAUCUCGAUUUGACUGGUUUAUGAAGUUGAACUUCGGAAAAUGGCCUGAUCUUAUCAAUAACUCCUGGCAAUCAAUGCAUGGCUCAUUAAUGCGAAGAAUUUCAGAUCUAUACACGGAACACCGAUACAUUCUCGAUGAUAAAGUUCUUGCAAAGAGUGAUGAAAAAUUUUUUAAAAAGAUACUCGCUGGAACAACAAACGAGAGCAAUUUGUGUUCUGCCCUUUCUUGCCUAGCAC